AUGGAUGCAGAUGAUGAUAAAUGUGAUGAAAAAUGUGGUAAACUUGAUAACGAUAAAAUUGAUAUCGAUAGAGAAAUUGAUAGUGAUUAUGUUAUUGAUGUUGGUGAUGAAAAAUCGAAGAAAUUCGAAUUCGUCGUCCUUUGUGAUUAUUUAGAUAAACUGUGGAAAUUAAGGAAAGCAAAAAGAAUUUUACGAAAAAAAAUUUUUGAUAAAUUAAUCGAGAAAUAUUCUAUGUCAACCGAUAAUGCGACUUUGUUUCCAUUGAUAAGACUUAUCAUUAACAAUUAUGAUCAAAGGAAAUUCUUUAUGAAAUCACGAAAAUUGAUAAUGCAAACUUGCAAAUCGUUUUUUCUACCCGAUGAUGUGAAAAAGAAUUUAUUACGGAUUCAAUCACAGAUGAUAAUUUUUCCACUUUUGGCUAAUUUUAUCCCUCGUAUGGUAAGAAACUGUCUGCACAAGUAUUCACAAUCGGGUGAAUUAUUUACUUGGGAGUGGGAGGAAGCUCUACUGCCUGUUACCCGGGAGUCCAGGAAAAAUCAUAGAAUAAUUGGAUUGCCUUCAUCUCUGAUCUUAAAAUGGUUAAAUCCGUCAAACAUAAAGAUGGUUCAGUCGGGAAUCGAUUUAAAAGAAAUUUGUUCAGGAGGCAAAAAUUUUAAUUAUUCGUUAUUAUUCAGCAUGUUUGAACCAAUGUUGUUAUCACGAAUAGAGCAGAAACAUAAAAAAAAUAUCUACGAUAAUGUUAGUUUCGGCCAGAGAGGGUAUUCGGAUCUGAAAACUUCUAUGGAACGAAUCUUUUUUGCUAAUAACUCUAUACUUUUUCAGUUAAAAAUAUAUUGUGGUGAUGUUUUUUAUGCGGAAAUCAAAUACGAUGGUGAACAUUUUUUAAUUCAUCGAAAUCAUGAACAAGAAUAUCGAUAUUAUUCUCGUAAUCAGAACGAUUUUACCGAAAAUUUAUCUGGAAUAUUAAAUAAUCGCAUCAAUGCGUUCUUUUCUUCAUCGCUUAUUAAUUGCAUUUUGGAUGUCGAAUUGAUUUUAUAUGAUAAAAUUGCAAAUCGAUAUGUUGGAAAAGGUAAAAAGGCGAGCGACGGGCGCAUUUACGAUUUGAAAAAUUUGAAAGAAAGCGAUAUCGUAACGAUACGUGUUGCAGUAUUUGAUGUUUUAUAUUUCAAUAAUAAUUCUUUAUUAGAUAUAAAAUUCGAGGAAAGAAUUCAGUAUUUAUAUGAUAAUUCAAUCUUCAGCAGUACAGAUGAAGAAUUUAUUUUCAUAUCAAUGUUUACGAAGAUUUAUUCAAGUGAAGAUUUUAUCAGUUUCUACAAAAAAGCAAUAGAAAAUGGUGAAGAAGGCAUAGUUGUGAAAAAAAUUGACUCUGUUUAUAAAAUCGGUGAAAGGAAUGCAGUAAAUGGUUGGUUUAAGAUAAAGCCAUUCCAUAUAAGUAACGAAAGUCUUGACGUCGCUAUCGUUGGAGUUGAUUGUCGAGCAAAUGGAAAAAUUGAAAAUUACUCGGUUGCUGUCAUCAAAAAUGAAAAAUUUUUUAUAAUCGGUAAAGUAUCGAUGGGAUUAAAACAUGUCACUCGUAAUUUUAUCAAUUCAAAAUUAAAAAAGAACGAUGGAUUAUUGACGAAUAAAAUGAUUCCAAAGUGGAUUGAUAAGGAAUCAGUUAAUAAGAAAGAUAUUCCUCAUAAAUUUGUCUACAAGGAUAAUAUACAGGUUAUCGAGAUAAAAGCGAGUGGAAUCAUCAAUGGGAAAUUAUUGUUUCCGUCGAUUCUAUUUCAUCGUUAUGACAAAUUAGUAAUUGAUGCAAAUACCUAUGAGGACUUUAUUAAUUAUGAGAAGGUCACUUUUUAUUAA